AACGACUUGGUAAAUUCCAUUCCCUGUUUCGUUCGAGGUGUUUUCAAAUUCGAAUACCUUUCGUUCGGACUGUUUUGUUUUCGAACAUCUUUCAUUCGAAUCAAACCAAACGUCAAACCCACUUUGUUUAUGAAGGAGUGAAUAAUUUCCGCAGCGGAUGAGCGGUGAACUGCAAAAAUGGAAAAAAACAAAAAUAAAACAACCACUAAAAAUCAGUUCGAGCGGAUUGUGCUGCUUCUGGAGCAAGAGCCGGACAUAGCAAAGGGUUUCUCCCGAGGAAAUUCCGGACCCUUCUGGGAUGAUCUGGCGGCAGAAGUCAAUAGUUUGGGACCGCCUAUUCGCGAUGGAAGUGGAUGGAAAAAGGUUUGGGCGGACUAUAAGUCCGGAUUAAAGCGAAAACUCGCUCACAACAAACGGGAGCAGAGGGCGACAGGUGGAGGACCCAAUAAAAUUAUCAAUUUGUCCGAGCUGGAGGAGCAGGCAGUUCUACUAACUGGGUUACUUGCGACCGUGGAAGGAAUCCCGGGUACCUCAUCUCAUGGAACACAGUUGGGUUCGCCUUCGGGUGAACCUCAAGCUGCAGACCAGGAAAAUUUUAUAUAUUAUGGUACUUCCGACGAGUGUGACGGUAUCAAUAAUACCAUUCACUUUCAGCCCUCUCAGCCGAAAAAAUCCAGACCUUCUACCACGAGGCUAUUAGAGCUGCAAGUCGAGCAACAAAACAAAUUUCACACCAAUGAGAAAUCCCUGUUAAAAAACACAAACAAGAAUUUGAGUGAUCUGGUUCAUUAUCAGCGCCAAUCAGCUCGAGCGAUUCUUUCCGUGGAUGCCACACUCAAAGAACAUCUGAGUGAACAAAAACGACAUAACCACGAGAUGGAGAAGAUCGCGCUGGAGAAAUCAAUAGCGACAAAUCCUUGAAACGCAGAUUGCGUAUAUUUCAGAACAUUAGAAUAAUGUUUCAAAAUAUCAGUGAUCUGAUUUUUUAUCUUUAUAUUGUAACUCAAGUAUAAAAAAAUGAAAAAAGUUCUAAUCGUAUUUUUAUAUCUUUCCAUGGAAGAAAAAUCUUACUUAAUUUUUUCUUUGAAGUUUGUUUGGAAUAGCAUCAAAAUUAUAUAAACUUUUUUAAAAUUCACGAAUUUCGCCUAUAGUUUAUGGAACUUCCUUAACCCCUUCACGUACAACAUUGAACUUCACUCGUUGUUUCUCGAUGUGAAAUAAUUACAUAGCUUCAGGCAUAUGAUGAGGAUACCGACAACUGAAGAUUAUCAAAUUUCCGUUAUUUAAAAAAAAAAUUGAAUGAGCUAAAAAUAUAAAAUAUAAUUUGAAUAUUAUAAUUAAAAUAAAAACGAACGAGUUAGUACGUAGUAAUAACUCCUUCGUUUUUAUUUUAAACACAACAUGUAUUUGCUCAUCAUAGGGCACCCAUGUUAGAUACCCACACUCAGCAGAGUA